GUGUUACAUAUAUAUAUAUAUAUAUAGAUGUGUUCUCUGUGGCUUCAAUUUGAAGAUUAGGUUUUACAGAGGCGGCUACCUAUCAUCUUCUUCUUCUUCGUCUGAGAGUCGAACAACGCUUUUCUUUCAGCAGCUAUGGGGAAGACACGUGGUAUGGGAGCUGGGCGCAAAUUGAAGUCCCACCGUAGAAGGCAAAGGUGGGCUGACAAAGCAUAUAAGAAGUCCCACCUUGGCAAUGAAUGGAAGAAGCCGUUUGCCGGGUCUUCGCAUGCCAAAGGCAUUGUCCUUGAAAAGAUAGGUAUUGAAGCUAAGCAGCCGAACUCUGCUAUCCGAAAGUGUGCUAGGGUUCAACUGAUUAAGAAUGGGAAGAAGAUCGCCGCAUUUGUCCCUAAUGAUGGUUGCUUAAACUAUAUAGAAGAGAAUGAUGAGGUGUUGAUUGCUGGAUUUGGGCGUAAAGGGCAUGCCGUGGGAGAUAUUCCCGGUGUUAGAUUCAAGGUUGUCAAGGUAUCUGGUGUCUCUCUUCUGGCUCUAUUCAAAGAGAAAAAAGAGAAGCCAAGGUCUUAGUUUUGUGUGGCGAUGAGAUUAUCUUCUUCUGUGUUUUGAUAGUUUUGUUGGAAGUAUUGAAAUGGUACUCUUAUCUGUUUGAGCAGGAUUUUGUGAACAAUAUAUUAUCAAUUCU